UGCGAUUAUAUGGAAACCACUUAGCGAUCAGUUGCGAUUAUAUGGAAACCACUUAGCGAUCGGUUGCGAUCGUUCGGUCAAAUAAUCUGCGAUAAUGUGGAAACCAUCUUUUAGUUCUUGCGCCUGCAAACUUGGGAUUUAAUUUUUCAUAGAAGCUUGUACCCCCAUAACAAGAUGGCAAUUCUAUCGCAAGGUUUUGAAAUGGUCCCGCUCUCCGAUUAGGAUAGACUUUUAGUAUGUUAUUAAUCAAUACGUAUACGAUUUUGAUCUGCCAAAAAUAUUGUUUUUGGCAUAAAAUGAGUGGACCAUCAGUACAGUCUAUAGGCCAAAUCCGUUAGGUUUGGCGGAUUUGGCUACUGGACUAUGUAAUCGUUAAGACUUUUUUUUUAUCUCGGCAGGAUUAUUUUCACCAUUUGUAGUACGAAAGCAUAGAUCUAUUUUUCAUUUUAUGCCGGGUCUAUCAGCGUAAAACAAAACAAAACUCGUGAAAAUUACAUGUCAUCGUGCUCAUUUAAAAUGAAAGCUUCUAUAAUCCAUGACCUCAUUCAUGGCGUUUUAAUUAUCCAUAAUAAAAUAAACAAUAAAUCUUUAUAUGUCAUUUAUAUUAUGAUUAUGUGCAUAUGCAUUUAUCAUUAUUUCGCCCGCAAGUUCCCGGGGAGAGGGGUACUUCGAAUUAAAAGGGGUAGGGGUCCUCGUCGGAAAAGCGAAGAAGCCUAAAAACAACCUACUUAAGUUGAGCAUCGAUAUAACGAUCGACUCAAGCCCGCUAAAGGCUAGAUUACAGUAAAAUGCAUGGGGCAAAACCUCACCUAUAACGGUAUAUAGCGAUAACAAGUUCGUAGACCAAGUGUAAAAUUUCGAUACAGCGAUACAUACGCGAGCAAAGCAAGUAAUUUUUACAGUUUGACAAUUAGAAUUUUACAUACUUUUCUCAAUUGUUUAAAUUGUCCCCUAAACAAUAAACUGUACAACCUUACAUACAGUGCAUAUCAGGGGCGCAGCCAGGGGGUGGCCUAGCCCCCCUCCCCCCUUUAGGAUCCAAAAAUACAGUAAAUGUAUGACACAUUAUCUAAAAUACAGGAGAAAUGCCUUGAAAGUCCAGCUCUCCCUCCCUUGUCUUAAUUUAAUUGAAUGAAUAUCUUGCAGUUGCAGCGAUAGAGGAUGUAUUCGACACAAUGUGUAUAAAAAAAGAAAUUCUAGAUAAAACUGAGUGUAUUUUCAAUCAUAUGAUAGACUUUCGCCAAGUCGCCCUCUUUGACUUCCCCUAAUAAAAGGACUCGAUCUUAUGGAUAUUUUCAUCAGUAGCGAGUAAACAAAAAUGGGCGCGCGGAGAGAACAGCAAAUUUCUAAAAAGCCGAAAUCUCAGGCUGGACGUUUUUAAAAAAGGUUCUUAUAAAAAAAAGAGUGUAUCUCAAAUGCACUUAUUCUUCUUAAUGAUAUACAACACUUUUUCCCAUUUAUUACUCUCGCCAUUCUUGAGGCUAUCAUAUAAAGCCUGUCGCGCAAGUUUGCAUCUCACACUCAUCAUCAACUCGAAUUUGCGUCAUAAGUGAAGCUGUACUAAUAUAUCAUAAUAUAAAUUUUCUGCAUGAUUUCACUAAGGCUAUUAGUGGCUACAACGCAACUACAACGCAACUACAACGCCAGCUGUUGUGAAAUUUCCGGGUGAAACACAGCGCUCACAUUUGUAUAAUACUCGCAUGGCUCCCCUAGGAAUAAUCUCGAUUUCUCACUUCCUGUUGUUUCUUGGCUUUGCAUUAUUUGUGCUUACGUACGGAAUAACAGGAUGGGGGAACGGAGAUGCAGUGAAUGACCAUAUCGACAUUGUGCUAAAACUCACGGAUCAAGCUUGCUUAUGGGCUGGCAUACCGACUUUGAUCACUUCAAUGUUUGGGAUGGUGACCGGGUGCGUGCCCAAGAUGGGAAUGUUCAUCGCGUUGCUGCUAUUUGACAUCAUCACGUGUCUGUGCAACGUCGCAAUGGUGUUUCUUGUUUCCUUCAAGACAUGUAAAGAAUUUAAGGAUCUCGGCCUUAGCUGUUUUAAGAAGUGGACUGUGACUUAUUCCAUUUCCGCGCUUAUCGUCGCCGCCGCUAUGAUUGCUUUGCUCGCCCUCGUCUCCGCUAUCCUCGCCGGCAUCAAGAUAAACAAACUUAAGAAGGAAAGAAGUGGACAGACAGAACUUCUCGCGCUCAUUCAAUAACAAAGGAGGAGUCUGGAAGAUUGAAAUAACCGCACGAGGAAAACUGGCGUUGAAACCGUCUGGCGACCAUGGUUCUGUCAACGAGAGUGACGCGAUGACGAACGCGUACAACCAAACCGCGAGAAUGGCUAUAAAACCUCGGGGUUUGCGCAUCUUUUCGCGGUAUGAAAAAGGACAAGAGAGUACAAGGUAGCGAUCAAUGGCUAUCAAGCUCAGGUUACAGAUCGAUGCGCCGGAGCAGAGCGCGUCCACAAAGAUCCAAAAUUUGCAGACAGACAGGCCAAGAUCCCAGCACAUGAGAUGUAACGUGUGAUAUCAGCAGAUCGCUGACGGCCAGUGACCCGAUUAAGUAGUUUGUAACACUGCGAAGACGUCGGUAUCGAUAGAUUGCCACACACACUAGUAGGUUUCCGAACAAGUCUAGAAAUAAAAUUACAACGACAAACCCUGCCUGAGCGAUAAGAGACCAUGGGGUGUAGUGGCUACCGCAGGACUCGCUACUAUCACUCCCAUUCAUGGCCAAACCCCCAACAAACCUUGACGGACUAGAGGACUUGGUGCGCAAACGAAGCUGGCUCUGUGUGUCUUAGUGUUAUUAGCCCACUCGAGCGCAAACUCGCUUGCACAGUAAUUUCAAGUGAUGUUGAUAGAUAGCUGCUUCUGCGCACUCACUUGAAACUGUCACUCGCUGACACCUCUUACAUUAAGAGCAAGGCAACGGUGUAUACGUCAGAAGGAAGUAUGCUAUUGACUUCGGAUCAAAAUACGGAAUCCAUUCUCGGAUUGUUGAGUAUUCAAAAGCCCGCCGGCACGCAGGCCUUUGCAUUUCGGAGGGUCUGAUAUCAAAAAAUCUACCAAAUGAAGUUAAACUCACUUUUGGUUGACUAAUGAUGAUAUUGUAGACGCUUGAAUGAAAAUCGGAUGCUGGGCAAAGAUGUACAGGCGCGACGACGAAGAAGCGAUAGCCUUGCAUUUUGGAGGGUCUGAUGUCAAAAAAUCUACCAAAUGAAGUUAAACUCACUUUCGGUCGUCUAAUGAUGAUAUUGUAGACGCUUGAACGAAAAUCGGAUGCUGCGCAAAGAUGUACAGGCGCGACGACGAAGAAGCGAUGGCCUUGAAUUUUGUUUUUGCUUUCGCACCCAAGUAUUAGUGGAAGAUUAAAUGAGUUUCCUGUUUACUUCA